AUGGGAAUUUUAACUGAAUUAUUUAGCAGCCCCUUGAACAUUACUUUAUUAGGUGUUUGUGCUUUUUUGUUAUAUAAAAUUGUGUCGGGCAGACGGACUCCGCCCCCAGUUCAACGAGAACCAGAGCUUCCCCCACUGAAAAAACAAGACUUUACUUUGGAACAGUUGAGAGAGUACGACGGUAGAGGGAAAGAUGGACGAAUAUUAAUAGCUGUGAAUGGUAAAGUUUUCGAUGUGACGAAAGGAAAGAGGUUUUAUGGUCCAGGUGGUCCAUAUGGCUUAUUUUCGGGUCGUGAUGCGUCUAGAGCUCUAGCUACCUUCUCGUUAGGAGAGGAAUCUUUACGAGAUGAAUAUGAUGAUUUAAGUGAUUUAAACAGCAUGCAGAUGGAUUCUGUUAGAGAAUGGGAAAUGCAGUUUACAGAAAAAUAUGUAUAUAUUGGUAAAUUACUUAAAGCUGGUGAAACUGCUACAGAAUAUACGGAUACAGAAGAUGAAUCUACAGACCACAAACAAGAUGGCGGAGAAAAGAAAAAUAACUAA